AGCUCCGCGUCGGGGCUCCCCUGUCAGGCAGCCUGGCCCACGUCCCUCCCUUCCUCCUUCCCUCUCCCCCUACGAGCCCGGCCCGCCCUCGCUCUCUCCGAGCUCAGGCAGCACCCAGAAAGCCGCCCAGUCGAGCGCAGGAAGGCAGGCAGCAGCAGCGGCAGCAGCAUAGGCAAGCCAGAGCGUUACCACCUCUGGCGCCACAAGGCGUAAGGCACACGGACACCGACCCGCCGCCAUGACCCACUUCAACAAGGGCCCCUCGUAUGGGCUCUCGGCCGAGGUCAAGAACAAGGUAGGGCUCGCGGGGAAGAAGAUGGUGGUUAUCCCAGCGCCUCCUUCGGCUUUUGUUCGUGGACCGGGAGGGACGCGCGGGAGACAAGCCCCCUUUUUUCCUGAGGGGAGAGAAUGGUUUCGCUCUCCUCAGGGUCAGGGGAACAGACGCCCCCCCCCAAACGCACAACUUUUCGGGCGAAGGGGGGGGGGAGGGAGAAAAACCAAACUCCCAACUGCCUAUUUCAGACGUUUUUCGUUUCCCUUGCCUGCUCCAUCAUCACCUCACUAUGCACGGGAUUAGGUGGGAUGGGGGGGGCGCGUGAAAGGCGAAGGUUACCUCAGCCUUGUGGUUUAAAAACCGUGUGUGUAAUAGGGGGGAGUUCGUUUACUGUGGGGCACGAGCGAAACGAAGCCCCCACCUCACCCCAAACUCCGGCUGUGUAGGACGAGUGAGCCCCCUCCCCCUUGCUUCUCGGCAGGAGGACUGGAAGGAGCCCCCACUUUCCCCCUCACCGAGACCACCAUUCUCCCCCCCCCUCCCCUCAGAAGACGACGUGUGACCCCCUUGUCCUCGGAUGUACGUGUGAGGUAAAUCACAGGCUGGCACUCCCGGCACCGCACCCGAUUUACCCCAUUUUAUUUUAUUUAUUUAUUUUUAAUGGGUUAGAAACAAAGCCCUUCGCUUCCAACCGCGCAUUUAUCGCGAAAGAAAUCGCUAGAGAGACAAAAGCGGCGGGGAAGCCGAAGCCCCCGUGGACCCUGAGCUCCCUUCCUUGACGGGAGAGUCCCCCGGCUUUACUCACACGCCCCGUCCCCAUUUUAUUUUCCUGGGGUUUUGUGGGGUGGGGACACGAGACGAGAGGGAGGCUUCGCACUCCCCUCCUGCCUGCGGAGACACCGACUGUGAGGCGCCGCCGCUUCCCUUCAUCCCUCGCUCCUUUCGGUCGCGGGGAGAAGUGUCUGGCUUCGCCUCCCUCUUGGAUGGGGAAUGAGGAUGGCCCGCACUCCCUCCCUUUAACUUCGCGCGCAGGCGGGGAGGGUACAUAUUUCUUUCCGCGUGUGGGAAAGUUUCGGGUAUAAUUUUUCUUUCUUUCUUCCUCGCGCUUAAGAGGGAAGAAGGCCCAAGGGGUGUGUGUGCGGGAGAGAGACUUUAGAGGGAGAGAGAGAGAGACUUUGUUUCUUUCUCUCCCAGCUGCAGAGGCCGAGGCGAAAGCCAGCCAGCCAGCCCAGCCGCUCCUCCUUGGCAAAUCACUGCGGCGGGACAAGCUCGGGUCUAAUGAAGAGAAAAGCGGAGGGAGGAGGAGGGGUUGCGGGAGCGCGGGGGGGGGGGGGCUGGAUGGCGAAACAAACAAAGAGGAACGCUGGUUUGUGGUGGCUUCGGGACGCGCAGUUCUGCGCUCGUGACUGCGCCUUCUGACGUGCGGUGGGGGGGGGGGACACGAGUGUCGAACUGCUGCUGCUGCUCCUGCUGCCUUAAAAGAUUUCCACCUCCUCGUUUCGCUAGGAGCCCGCACGCCCCGGCUUGCGGGACCCACCCAGGCUCGGGAGAUGGCGGCAGCAGCAGCAGGGGGAGCGCGAGGUGAUCCCAGCCUACGUGGCUCCAGUCUAGAGCUAGCGAGCGCCAGGCACGAUGGUGUGCUAAGGGGAUGGCUGGUGCACGCACUCUCCCGGUCUCCCUGCCUCCCUCCCUGGGUUACUUCUUCUGAUUGCCCCUUAACAAGUGUGUGGACGCAGAGCUCUCCUCUCAAAACAGGACUGGGCGGCUAGGGCGAGGAAGUUUGUACUUUUAGGUUGUUGUGUUUGUUAACCAAUCCCUGUAACAGCAUUUAAAAGACCAGUACCGAAGACAGAGGGCAGAUUGAUUUCUGAAAUGGAGGUCACUUUUAAAACACUGGCAGUUGUCAGAUUAAAAUGCCACCAAGGAUGACGUUUGCUGUGAAGGUAUGGACUUGUUUGUGGAGAAAGGAAGAUUAAAACAAAAUGUGAAUGGGACACAGUUGCAGCUUUCUCUGAAUUCUGCCUUGGUUGCCCCCGAUGUAUAGUGUUCCCAUCCACACCUCUGUUAGGCUAGUCUUUUAGCACCCCUCAGCACCUAUAUUUGAUACUAUCUCCUCACCUACACAUUUCCUGUACACUCUUGUAUGCAGUCAUAUUUUCCCAAACACAGUGAUGUACUAAGAUGGGAAUGGCGGUUCUCAGGCUUAAAAAAAAAUCCAUUUCAUGCUAAACAGAAGUAUGAGGAAGGUAGUGAGAUUCGGCAAAUGCACACCAGGUCCAUCAUGUUAAUUUACUGAACCCACUUGGUCUGGGAAACAGAUGAGAAAUGCCCCCCCUUCCAGCUCAAAGUCCCGGCACAUUCCAAACACAUUACAUCAUGGGGUAUUGGGGGGAGCCCAGCCAAUCCGUGUGGGCGUUGUGCACAGAAUGCUCAUUGUCUCCACACUGCUGCACUCAAGUCCAAAGUGGUGGGGAGGAGUGGGGGAAGAUACACACAAAGGAAGCUACUGCGGCUUGGGGUUUAGUUUCCAUUAACUCCCCUGGGAAAUAAAAUAUUCCAAGGCUCCUCUUCAUCUUGAAAGUGUGUUAUAGUGGCACCUCAUCUGUACACUAAAACAGCACUGUAAUAAGGGAACAUUUCAUACAUGGAAAUAAUUGAAUGUAGCAGUAGCUGAAUAUUUCAGCUCUGAAUGACUCCUAUGCACUUAUUUUUGUGCUCCAAGACAGUUUCACAUACUUUAGCUGAAUGUUUGUUCUGGUAUGCAUCCCAGUCCCAUAUAUCUUGAUCUGAUGCAUGUUUAUUUGUAAGGAACAGCCCAGUUCUAUAUAUUUUUUCUCAGAAGUAAGUCCUAUUGAGUUCAGUGACUAUUACUCCUAGGUAAGUGGGUAUAGGAAUGCAGCCUAAAUCCCAUUGAUUUAAUAGGGUUUAUUAAAUAGGGUUUAGAAUGCAGUUUAGGAUUGCAUUCUAAAUGUGGUGCUACAGGUUUGUGCUGAAUUUUGUGAUGUCAUUUGGAACAGACAUCAAACUUUGCAAUAUUGAUAGAUGUGAGCAGGAUAUAUUUGAGCAAUAAUUUCUUGCACACUGCACUCCUUGACAGCAUAAGUGGAGAAAGCAGUUCAUUUUUAAUAUAGCUGUUCAUAUGCCUGAUUUAUGCAGCCAUAACCAGAAUAGUUGUACUAAACAAUUAGUGCAACUAUUUCAGAUUUUAUUACAGUCUGAGUUACUGACUUACUGUUGUGGAAUAAUUUGGCUCCGUUUUAUUUAUUUACUUAUUGGCAACCACUGGAAAGAAAACCAGGAGUUUUGUAGGGCAUUUGUUACCAGUGAAAUACACCUGAUUCCUGAUAUCCAAGAAGGUGUGCUAUUUUAAGUUUUUGUUAAAGAGUUUUAAAGGUUUUGAACUACAGAAAUAUAGCAAGUAUUAGUCUAUUAUAGGUAAACUUAUAGAAGUGUUUUCCAGAGAGGCACAUAAUUAUUUUUCAACAGAAAAAGGCAGGGUAACUAACAAAAUAAAUAUAAAACUUUUAUGGCAUACGUCUCUCCCUCGUCUUUUCCAGAGUGACUGGCUAAGGUGAUGAAGGUUAAGAGGGCAUGGGCUAGGUAGGCCAGAGCCCCUUUCCUUUUCAUUCUGCAUAUUCUGUGCUAUUCUGUUACUAACUUAGUUUCUUCAGCAGGCUAUUUAAUUAAAACAAUUCUAUAUAAUUUUAACUACAGUGCUGUUAUAAUUAAUAUCUUCUAGAAUCUUGGAGCACAAGCUAGGCUCAGUAGAAUUGUGGACUUCUCCCCCCUUUGUACAGCUCACCUCCAUACCACCUCAUAUUAAAAAGCGGUUUGCUAUAUGCCAUGAGGAACUGCUGUUGGAGAAACAUGUCCAAAGCCCCUUUGUACACACCAAACUAGUUAUGGCACUCUAUAAAUCUAUCACUAAAGUAACUUGUCAGAUGCUUUGUAAAAAGAAGCUAUUCCUCUUGAUAGGUGGCUUUUAAUAGGGAUCUUAAUGGGCAGUGUGAGUACAACAUUUCUGUAUACUCUUUUACAAGAAAGUAACUCAUGACUUAGAUUUAGGAAGUCUUGACAGUAUGAGCUGUUCUAAACUGGAGCAGGCUGCUUAGGAAGGUGGUGAACUUUCUACAGUAUUGGAAUUUUUAAGGCAGAUGAUCAUCUAACAGGGAUAUUGUAGCAGUUAAUUUCCUGCAUUAGCAGAGGUUGGACUAGAUGAACUUUGAGUGCCUUUCCAACUUUGUGGUUCUUAUUUUAAAAUGGAACUUAUUUUUAUAAAGGAGUCUUAUAGUCUAUGUGACAUUUGCCUUUCUUUUAACUCAAGCCUUCCAAUGUCCAGUCUGCAUUUAUAGUUAGUUAUAACAAAGUUGCAAUGACUUAACAGAAACUGUUCCUAAAAGAGCUUGUAGCUAUUUGCAUAGCAUUUUUAAGCUGCUGCAGAACUUUAUCCUGUUUCACAACUUCAUAGAUCCCAUUUUUACAGGUAAGAGACUGAGGCUGUAAUCCUGUGCACACUUAACCUGGAAAGCUGUUAAAACGAAGAUAUUGGGAUUUACUUUGGACUAAUCAAACACAGCUGAGAGGCAACACAUGCUUCAAUUUAUUUCUUAUUUCUGUUUUAUUUACUUCUAUUUUUGGGACCUUGCAGAGCUGAUGUUGGUUAAGUAAUAUGUCUGAUCACAUCACAAAGUUAUGAUUCAUUUAAAAUAUUUUUCUAAUAUCAAGAAACAUUGAUGUAGUCAAGAUUAAUGUGGGGUAGGGGGAGAACCAAGCUAUCUGUGAUGCAGUUGGUCAGUUAAGUAUUUUUAUUUAUUUACUUGAUUGGGAGGGACAGCUGCCCCCACCCCCUCUGGCUAUGCCUAUGCCAAUAAACUUGUUUCUUCUCCCAAAUGAGGAAUAAGGAAAAAGACGGAAAACAGUAAGACAGAAGAGAAGAUGACAAAGUAUUAAACAGAAGUUUUCUUGCUUACUAGCUAAAGUGGAUGUGGGUGCAUUUAAAGUUAUAAAAGUUCUGUUUCUUUCUACUGAUCAUUUAUUACUCCCAGAGUAAGAAUUAGCUUCCUUUUUCCAUCUUACUGUUCAUACUUCAAUGAGGCAAGUAUUCACAUUUUCUUUUUUAGGCAAUGUUUAAUAAGAAUAAUUUAUACACAGCCCUAUUCCUGCAGGUCUCAGGGUGAUGCACAGGAUAAAAUCAGAAUAUAAAACCACAAAAUGAAAAGAACAAUGCCACACUGUUUCUUCCCUAUGGGUUGUCGCAUUUGGUUAUUCUUUAUUAUUUAAAUAUGCCUAAAUUUUCCACCACCUAGCUCCAAAAUUUGUCUUAGAAUCUGGUAGUAAUCCUGUUCCUGAGAAAUAAGGGCAAUGAAGGUUUGUAGUUCGUAUGAUAAUACUAAUCUGGGAUGAGAAGAAGGUGAGAAAAGUCAAAAUAAGUUCUCCUUCCCCAUCCCUUGAAACAGUACAAGAUUAGAAUAUUCUUUGCUGCUGCUUCCCUGGGUGACAGAACCAAUCAUACCGACACAUGCUAUUUAAAAAUAGACAAAAGGAUUUCCUCCAUAGUAGGGUUCUUGAGAAAACAGGAAAAUACAGUGAAGAUAAGUGGGAGUAAGGAAGGUUUUCCUUUCCAAUUCUCCUUAGUAGAGAAUGAAGUUCAGAUAUAAUCAAUCCCAGCCCUUCUUCAAUGAUUGUUGAGCAAGCCUAUAUCAGAAUACUAAUUUUUCCUAGCACUUGUCUUAAACUGCUGGGUUGAGACCCACUAGUGGGUCACAGCCUGAUUCAAGUUUUGUCGUAACAGGAGCACUACCAUCAUACAAAUAUAUGGUAAAAGAUUCAGAAAUGCUUCCCCAAAUGCAUAUUUGAGUUAAACAUGGGCCCUGGGUCUGAAAAGGUUGAUGAUAACUGGCCCUAGCAUUCACACAGAUUGAGUAGGGCCACAGCAUAUAUAGGAUUUACUCAUCUGAACUAGCUGACACAAAAGAAAAGCUCAACAGAUAUUGGUAAUUUAUGGCAUAGCAACAAUUUAGAUAAUAUUAGGCAAUUUGCAUGUUAAAGUAAUAGUCAGGGCAGUGUGUAGAACUCAAAGCCAAAAAUUAUUUUAGAUGUUAGAGUUAAAACCUAGUCAAAAGUGUUUUGGUGUGGCCCAAAGAAUAAUGACCCAUCACUAAUCAGGAACCUUCUUGGACAAUAAACAUCUGGGUUGCAGUCUCUUAAAUUCUGUGUGAUAUUAAUACAAUGCUGUUAUUAGUUCAUUGAGAUAGUCCUGAUAUUUUAUUUGGUCUUUUCCACUCUGCCUAGUCUUCUAAGAUAUGUUUAGUCAUCUGCAUUUAUCAUCAUAAUUUCCUCUAUUUCCAAUCUUCAAGCUCUGUGUCAGGUCUUCUGUAGCUAAAAUUACAUCACCCAUACAUAAGAAGGAGGAAUCCACAGGCUCAGCUGAGCCCCAAAGUUUGCUGAAAUACAAAAUAUCUGAUAAACCAAACAAUAAAUGAUAAAUAGAUUUAAAGAAGUUAAAAAUAAAAAAAUUGAAAACAAACAUUAAUAGACCAUUGUCGGCGAUGUACUCUUCAUUGCCUGCUUAGGCCUGGCGGAAUAGGAAAGUUUUCAGCUGAUGUUUAAAACUUGUCAAAGAAGGUGCCUGCUGAUGAUAAGGAUGACAGGUAAAAGCAGUUAAACAUUUGCUAACUGCCUGCUGAAGUUCCUACCUCUGUUUUCUUCAGUUACUUUCUAUCCCAAGAGAGUGCAAAAUUCCAGCUGGACGCAUAUGUUUAAGUACCCUGGAAGUCAACGAUGAGUAAUAGAGAAUCAGCUCAAAUUGUUAUGUAUAUACUUUCACAGAUCUGUCUGCUAAUAACUAAAGUUUUCUGCUUUGUUAUAAAUGGGAUCAAAUGCCAAAUGUCAGUAAGUAAAUUUAUUUGUAUACUGCUUUUCUGUGUACACUACUCUCAAAAGCAGUUCACAACAAAAAGUGUUCUUAUGAAAACAAACAAAAAUGCAAAUACAUUAUUACUCAUACAACACAUAAAUAUGUAAUUAUCCAUCAUUUUCCUUAUAAAAGAUUGCAGAACAAUUUCACAAUUAAUACUGAAUAAAAAUCCCUCAAAAAACCUUGUAUUUCCUUACUAACAUGAAGAGAGUAAAGAUACCAGACAUCAGAAUGCACAAAAAUAUGAGAUGUAUUAGAUAAUAUUAGAUAAAAUAUUAGAUAAAAUGCUACUUACAAAGUCAUAGUCUUGCUUGUCAACAAGAACUGAAAUAAACAUUGCUAUUAGUGCUAGAAAUAGCAAUUAAGUGGAGGUGUUACAAUGAUUAACAAAUAAAUUAUGUCCUACCUUUUUCCUAGCAGUCCAUUUCUUUUACCACAGAAACAUAUUAAUGAACCAUUCCUGUCUUCGUUUCAUGCCUAUGCAUCAUGCUCUGUCCAAGAGGCUGUCCUGUUUUAUUUAUUUGUAAAAUGUUUAUCCUGCCCUUCAUUAUGGGCCACAACAUAAUUAAACCAACAGCAGCAGUUUACAAUAUAAAAUUCAAUGUACACAUCACCCCAGCUAUAGGCAGAUACAGUGAAAGGCAUAGUGAAAAUUAAAUGUUUUCAACUAGCACCAAAAACUAGUUUAUGCUAGUGCCAGUCUAACCUCAGGAAAAAGAUUGUUCCACCACCAAGGGGGCUUUAUUACGUGCUUCAGAAGCUGGGUCCUUAUUUGAUGAUGGUGUGGACAGGACAGUGGGAGGUGCUCCUUCAGACAGCUGAGUUCUAAGCUAUUUAGGGCUUUGUACAUCAAAACUUGGGAUGCGGGUGGCACUGUGGGUUAAACCACAGAGCCUAGGGCUUGCUGAUCAGAAGGUCAGCAGUUCAAAUCCCCGCAACGGGGUGAGCUCCUGUUGCUCGGUCCCUGCUCCUGCCAACCUAGCAGUUCGAAAGCACAAAGUGCAAGUAGAUAAACAGGUACCACUCCGGUGGGAAGGUAAACAGUGUUUUCAUGUGCUGCUCUGGUUCACCAGAAGUGGCUUAGUUAUGCUGGCCACAUGACCCGGAAGCUGUACGCCGGCUCCCUCAGCCAAUAAAGCGAGAUGAGCGCCACAACCCCAGAGUCAUCCACGUCUGGACCUGAUGGUCAGGGGUCCCUUUACCUUUACAUCAAAACUAUCACCUUGAAUUGCACUCAGUAGCAAACAGGCCCCAGUGCAGUUCUUCAAGGACUGGUGUUAGAUAGUAUCUCAAAGGUACACUAGCCAACACCCUCAUGGCUGUAUUUUUUCCUAGCUGUGGUGUACAAUCCACCUGCAAGGGCAAUCCCAUGCAGAGUACAUUAAAGUAAGGUUCCAGAGUAUGGAUUACUGUAGUCAAGCUAUCUCUCUUCCCCGCCCCCGCCCUGUGACUGUACCUGAUCCUUCAAGGAGAGUCCAACCCCAUCCAGAAGACACUGUUCAUUCCCAGACCCAGGAAGCACUAAUCUAUAGCACUGCCAUUUAAGGUAAUCCAACCCUUUACUGCCUCCAAACACAGAUUAAGCACUUGCACAGCUCCAACUGAUUCCAGUGCAGAGGAGAAAUAGAGCUGGGUGUGAUCAGAGUACUUGUGACACCUUGCACCAAAUCCUCCAAUGACCAUUUCUAAAGGUCUAAUAUAUGCAUUAAAUGAUGAAUUAAUAAUGGGGUCCCUUUGAGGGCCGGUGGUAUCACCAAGUCUUGAAGGCAACUUACAACAGUUUUCCUUCUCUCAUUAAUCAGACAGGUGGAAUUAAGAGGUCAAUCAGAGGAAUGUUGUUAAAUUGGAGAAGUAUCACCCCAGUUUUUAUUUAAUUUGUUCAAGGUUUCAGAAUGUGUAGGAGAUUUCUGAUUAAGUGUAAUGAACAUCACCAGUCGUCUUUGCUAUAAAAUAACAUUACUUUUCAGAAGAAAAAGGCUGUAUUGCUGAAAAUUUGGAAUAGCUCUAUAAUAGACACUGAGAUUUCUCUUGAGUGGGUGGUUUCAAGAAUGUAGCCAAAAUUACACUGCACAUUUAAAAACAUCAGUAAAUUCAAGUAUGAAGUUAUCAUCUGCUGGGAUUUUUCAUGUUUGCUACAAAAAAUUAUUGUUUAUGUGUUACUUCACCAGAAUAUUACUGAAACAUUUGUUGUUAUUAAAGAGAGUAUGCAAAGCUUGCUCAAGUGGAACUUUGAUUGUGCUGCUAUCAAUUUGUUGUACUUGGUUUUGUCCAUCAUCUCAUUGUCUUUGAACUGCUCUUUGUCUAUGUGCAAUACAUAUAUGUCACGGCAGCAAAAAACAGAAACAAUUGACAAUAACAUCAAAGCACAGUACAAUGCUACUUCUGAAUAAAUUUAUGGAAAGAGCAGGAACACAACAUUGCAUGAAUGUUUUCUCCUCUCGGGUAUCAGCCUCAUGACGUCUGUUAAACAAUUUAUGUGUUCUGUUUUUUGAUGUAUGCAGGGGUAAUUGCACAUAGAUAUAGAGGUCUAUAUAGAUUUUCCAGGAUACUUGCUACCUUUGUAACAAGACUUUAAUUUUCCCAGGAGCAAAACUUGGCACAGAGACAAAGAUUUGACCAGGAUAUGGUGCAGACCCUCCCUGCUAUUCAUGAUUUGCUCUGGGAUAUAUUACUAAUUCAGAUGGUAUAGAUAUUUGGGUUUAGUGUACAGGCAUUUAAAUAGGGACUAUAAAGUAUGGAAAAGAAAAACAUGGAGUAUAAUCACUUCUUAGCAUUUGUUAUUUAUAUAAGGGCAGACCAACUUCUUAAGAAUAAGCAGCUAGAGUAGAAUGUAGAAUACAGCAAUUAAUGAGUAAUGAGAUCUGAAGCAAAUCAGGUAAUUUAUGAUACCUGUUAAUACACUAAUUACCUACCACUAGACACUUAAUUGCAACUGUGUGCACAACACAGUAGUUUAUCUGACCUGUUUCUCCAUUUUUUUGGCUUUUGGCCUAGCAGAAACAGGGUUUAAUUACAGCACUAUGUUCCAACAAAUUUUUGAGAAGGUCCCUGUGUACCUAACUGAGGAAUAGUUUUAAGUAAUGUAGUAUGAUGGCUAAGAAAUUGAAAGGUAGAUGACAAAACCAGUAUGGUAAUUUACACUUAUUUACCUGAAAAACUUAACAGAUCGGAGUGGCGUAGCAGCUAGUGGAUUAGGACCUGGGAGACCAGGGUUCAAAUCCCCACAUGGCUAUGGAGCUCACUGAAUGACUUUUUGCCUGUCACUGCCUCUCAGCCUAACCUAUCUCACAGAGUUGUUGUGGAGAUUAAAUGAAGAGGGGGAGAACCAUGUUCACUGAACUGCUUAAAGUAAAGGAUGGUUUAUCAACUGAUGAUGUCAAGGACUAAAAAGAUAUUCUAAAAUAGCUUUUGAGUUUCAAGGAACACUUUAUGUUUAAAAAGGAAGAUGAACAAGGGCUAUGUAUUAAUGGAACUGUAGAACAUCUUCUUUACAGGCAGAAUAUCCCAGGUUCAAUCCACAGCAUCUCUAGGUAGAGCUAGGAACAUCCUCUGUCUGAAACCGUAAACAGCCACUGACAGGAGAUGUAGAAAAUAUUGAGCGGUGUUCAACUACUGUGUCUCAACAGCACAAAAGGUCUUCUUUCUACCGCUGCCUGUGUGUACCCUGCACCACCACCAAUCUGCCCCAGAGGUUAGGGGAAUAAUUUGAACAUAUGGGGGGGGGAGUGCAUUUUGUUACACAAGCAGAAAUCCUUGUAUUCCCAAACAGUUUGGCUCCCGAACAACUCAGCUCCCGAAUGCCGCAAACCCGCAAGUGAGUGUUCAAGUUUGUGAAUGUUUUCUGGAAGCUGAACGUCCAGCGCUGCUUCCGCAGCUUCCAAUUGAGUGCAGGAAGCUCUUGCAGCCAAUUGGAAGCCGCAGCUUGGUUUUCGAAGUUUCGGGAGUUGAGCAGACUCCCGGAAUGGAUUAAGUUCAAGAACCAAGGUUCCACUGUACUGCCAGAAUGUUCACAUAGCACUUAUUUGGAUACAGCCCAAUGUCUGACUUGGUAUAAGGCAGCUUCCUAUAUUCCUGUGUUGCUGGCACGGUACAUGGUAUAUGUCCUACUUGCUACAUGUUAAUUUUCAAAUAGUACUUCACUGUUACUUCAUUUAAGACAUUUAUAUAUAGUGGUACCUCGGUUUACGAACUUAAUCCGUUCCAGAAGUCCGUUCUUAAACCAAAAACGUUCUUAAACCGAGGCGCGCUUUCCUUAACGAGGCCUCCCACUGCCAGUGCCCUUCCACUGUUCAGAUUCCGUUCUUAGACCGAGGCAAAGUUCGCAAACCAGAACACUACUUCUGGUUUUGUGGAAUUCGUAAACAGAAUAGUUUGUAAACAGGGCUGUUCUUAAACUGAGGUACCCAUGUACUGCUUAAUUUGUGUUUCUAACUGAUGCUCUUUGCAGACUAGUAAAGUUAGUUUAUGUGCAGUGUGCAAGAUCAUAACAUUGUACCACAACAUAUUUCUACAAAAAGCAGUGAUCCCUCUCUGUCUUUGAAAAUAUAAGAUUCAGUAGCUUUUUAAAGAAUCUGUAGCACUAAUCAGAAUAAAUGUGGCUCCUAUAAGGCUGAGAGCAGAAAAGGGAAAGGAUUAUGAUCAAUUCAUUGCCAAAACAGAGAUUAAUUUUACAUGAUGUACUAGGUAAUGAAUUACUAGAAGCCUGAGCAAUAUUACCUGUCUAUUUUAUUUAUUCAGUUGAAAAUUUCUAUUUGUCCUUCUAUCUGGUUGGUCCCAGCAUAAAACAAUUAAAAACAAUUAAAUCAAAUAAUAAUAGUCUGGUGCAGAAGCACCUCACUUGUGAGUGUGAAGCCUUUAAUCUAACUUCCUGGCAGGUUGCUUGCUUGCCGCUUAUGAAUGGGGGGAGAGGGGUGAGGAGGUCAGUGUGGUGCAGACCACCAGCAGGAGACCAGCUUGGCUCCACCAGUAAGUUUGCACCAUGCCAACCUAAUUGUUGGCUUACAAACUGUGGCUUAUUUUAACUGGUUUGGCAUUUUGUCUGAACCAAACAUCCUUUCAUUUCUAGAUCAUGUGAAACCUUCAGAGACAAAAAAAAUAACUUUGGUAUUAUUUGUAUUUUCAAAACAUUUGUGGUCUUAACCUUAUUCCUAAUGAACACUGGAUGUUGUAAUAACUGCUUCUGUACAUCCUCUUCCUGAGUCAGUUUGAGUUUCCUCUGGAUAUGUAGCAGGAUACAGUUAAUGUUGUUUUGUUGUUUUGUCUUACUAUAGUGAUUCUGUACAAUACCUCAUAGCUGUUCCUGAAUUUAUGAAGUCUGUACCUAUACUUCUUGAAAACUUUAUAAAAAGUGAAUGGUUAAUAAACAGCAACACCCCUUAAAAUAAAUUUAAAUAUUAAUAUAUAUAAAUGUAAUUAUAACUGUUUUAAUUGUUAUGUCAGUUAUUACCCUUAUCACCUACCUAUUUUUCCUAUUAACUAAUUUAAGAGCUGGCAAGAGUUUAGAAAAACAAAAGGCUUGUCUUUAUAUGUAUAACAUUAAUAGGAAGUGACUUCAAUUACAUUUCAGUUGUAGUUAUAUGUCCCAUGUGCCAUAGGAUAUAUUUUAUUCCCCCUCCCUGACACUGCAAACUUAUGAGACCCUGGCCCAAUUGGCAUAGGAGGUCCAACUUUAGUUGGGCCAAAAAAGGAGAAUUGCCCAAAUUGGGCAUUUAAAAAAAUAAAUAAAUUCCCAAUGGGAAAACAUUUUUCCAAAUGGGAGGAAAAUAAUGUUUAAAAGAAAGAAAGAAAAAAGAAAUGCAGAAUUCAUGGAAACAUACCAGAGCAUUUCUCCCAUGCUAGCAAGAAACCCACAGGACCUUGGCUAAAUAGUAGUUCAUCUGACUUCAGUUCCCUACCACCACUUUAGGAUUACAGCCUCAGGCACUUUUAAUUUAUUCUUUAUUCUUGUUUAUUAAAUCUCACUUUCCCACAUAUGAUUAGUUCCUAUGCCCAGUGCUUUUUUCUGGGGGGACACAGGGGUACGCAUACUCCUAAACAUUUUGUGAAUCUAAGUUUGGCCUCAUUGAGGGGCAGUAUUUCAAUAUGAGUAGGAAAAUGAGAGUACCCCUAAAUAUUUUUUAAAGAAAAAAUAAAAGCACUGCCUAUGCCAGUUCCAGCUCUGCAACUUGCAGACCUGUUUCAGGGCUCCAUUUCCAGUCUUGCAACUUCUACGCUUCUAUAUCUGAGCCAUUGCUGUCGACUUUUCUCUUUUUUUGUGAGGAAUCCUAUUCAGAAUAAGGGAAUUUCCCUUAAAAAAAGGGAAAAGUUGACAGCUAUGACCUGAGCACCUGCUCAUUGUUAGAGUGAAUGAUUGUAAGUGCAAAGUACAGUGAUACCUCGGGUUACAGACGCUUCAGGUUACAGACGCUUCAGGUUACAGACUCCGUUAACCCAGAAAUAGUACCUUUGGUUAAGAACUUUGCUUCGGGAGGAAACAGAAGAGAGUCAUCCAACUCUGCUUUCUCUCAAAGCCCAGUCCUAUAAACAAGGCUGCAUGUAGCCUGAGCUAAAAAUAAAUUCUGCACAAAUUCCAUGUGAAGAAUAGCUAGACUGUACAGAUUGAACAAAUAUUGUACUUCUUAUAUGCAUAACUUAUUAUGCUUUUUUUACUUAUUUUUUUUGGCUUUGGUGGUAAUGGAGAUUGUAAACUAUGCAGGUCAUUGAAUUCUUGCUCCCAGUUACUGGCAGGCCAAUGAAUUCUUGAGAUUCCAGUAGAAUUGCCUAUAUUCUUUAGUCCUAUUCAGACUGUCCCAGUGUACAGUGAAUACAUAGGAGUGAGUGGGACUGUUCCUUUUGGCCUCACCUGCAGUGUUGCUCACCCUACUGGCCCAGCCCUUGAAUUUAACCCAUAAAGGGGAAGACAUCCUCCAGUGAUGCAGUGGCUCAGUGUGUCUGGCUAUUAACCAGAAGGCUGGCGGUGCAGGUCUACCCAGGAAUGCUGUGGGCAGAAUUUUUGCAUUGCAGCGGGUUGGAUUAGAUGACACUUGGGGUCCCUUAUAGCACUAGAAUCUAUGAUUCUAAGAUCUGAAAAGCAACAUCUGGGCACAUACAGCUGUAUGUGCUUUGGUGAUCCAUGUUAUGGGAAACCCUAACUGUGCAGGAGUAGAAACUGCUUUUAGCUCCUACAUGUGUCUAGCUUUAUGUACAUAGUUGUUCCUUUUCAGACCUUUAGUCCAAAGUACAAAGGUCAUAGAUUGGUGUAUGUAGAAUGUGGCAAUGACAGGCCAAGGAAAGUGAUUUUCAAGCCCUACUUUUUUAGGUCUUCAUGUGUGAAGAAAGUCUGAAAGUGGCUUGUCAAUCACAUCUGUGCAGCCAUGAGCUUUAGAAACCGUAACAUUGUGAGUGGAAGAUUUUUAUUUUAUUUUUAGGAUAGGUACAUAGUUUGUGAACACUUCCUAUAUUUUAAAUAAUGUAAUAUGCUGUAAUCUUUCAGAGAAUAGCAAUUAUGUGUUCUUUCAGAAUCAUACAAGUAGCCUUAUGUCAUGUGAACAACACACCUUAUAGCACAGAAGCAAUUACUACACAAGUACUGGACAUGAUAGAAUAUUAAAAUCUGAUGAAAUUAUUAUUAGAGCUACAAAUGACUUAUUUGCCUUUACAGAUGAGUACUGCAGGUCUGCCCAAAAACUACCUAGUUCAGUGAUAGUGUGAAGGAAAUGGCGGGGUGGGGUAAUACAAAUACAGCAUUGUCUGCAUGUGUGUAGUAAACGUUUUUUUGGCAUUCUUGGUAGCGUGUCAUGUGGCUAGUACAGGGCUAUUGGAGCAUAGUGAGGAAAGAAGCAUUUCAAGGUACUGAGUAUUUUACUCCUUGUCUCACUAUGGAAAUAUCAUGUUUCAAAUGUUCAGGAAGGUUGAGAAAUGAAGAUUGAAAAAUGAUGACUUGGCAGAAACAACAAAAUUGAUGACAUUCCUUGGUAAUAAAUGGUCUGGAUAGAAACAUUACUCACCCUUCGUGCUCUCCAGUUCAACAGCUGAAUGCCUCUCUCUGAAAGCCUCUUGUGAUAACAUGCUCUUUUAACUUUCUCUAAAUUAUUAAAAAGGGUCUCAGCUCAAACAUAGAAGCAACAAAUUGUAUAUUAUACACACAUAUAGUAUUAUUUAUUGAUUGGGCAGAUGAGGCUCAUCAACCUGGGAAGGUAGCCGAUGUAGGAAGGAAAGCUCUGAUCCUAAACCUCCACUACUUUGCGAGAUAUCUUUGGAAGAAGAAAAGGCUAAGGAGUAAACCCUAUACAAAUCCAGAGUGGAGUCCCUAAGAUGGUUGGAUGGCAUCUUGUAUGCCUCCUUCCAGCAACUCCUGCAGCCAGGCUGGUGCCAAACAUAUUGCUCUGCUUUCCUUUGGACCACAUCAGCAAGUCCAAGGGUUGGGCUGGGGUCUUGUCAUCUGAGCAGCCCAGGACCGCCAUACACACUGCCCAGGCUUGCACCCCAGGGGAGGUCACUUUGGUGCUGCUAACACAGCAGUUUGGCUUCACCCCUGGAGGCGCACCCCAUUGUCUCUUGAGACAAAUGGAUGAUUAACAACAUUGAUUCAAACCAUUAGAAUUAAAAUUAAAGAACAAUAUGUGUCCUUCUGAUUGUAUGCUGUGUCAAUUGUGAAUAUUACUGCAUUUGAUGAUGGGCAUUACUGUGUGGGAUUUAAUUAAAGAUACCAUAGAUAGAACAGUGGUGUCCCCCAUAUCUGUGCAUGGGUAGAGAGCAGGUUGUGGAAAGUUCCUAAUAGGUGGCAAACGGAUAUUGAGUUCUGUAUAUGCAGGUUGUUCUCGGCAGAAGCAGUGAAUCUAUGCUUCCAUGUAGAAGAACCACCACAUCCAUAGCUCUGUUGGUUUGCUCCACCUAAGACAUGAACCCUCCAUUAAAAAAUAAAUCAAUCAAUCAUUAAUUAAAAUAUUUAUUGGCCCUCUUUCUCAGCAAAGCUCCCCCAAGAUUGUUUUUCCUGCCCAUUGACCUCAGUGAGGGGAAAUUACUAUACCAGUCUUAGUGCUGUUGUAGCUUCAGACCUUUGUAGGAGGCACGUCAGGGGAAGAAGGCUUAGCAUCCUGUGAAUCCAUAGCUGCUCCCAGAAUGCCCCAUUUUGACCCUCUGCACCAGUGGAGCAUUGCUGGUGGGGCAUCCACACCCAGAAAAGUUUUUCCUGGCACUCCAAGGUGUUUCCAAUAGUGUGUCAUCCUGCCAGUAGAGUGGUGCUUCAGUGGCCUUUGGAAGGCUGUAGGGAUUGUACUGUAAUGUUGUUGUUUUAUUAAGGUGAUAUUGAAACAAGAGCCACGUUUGUUUUUAUUGAUGUCUCAAAACUGAAUGCAAAAUGUAAACACAUUUCUUAGAUGCUGUAUCCAUCAUUUCACAUAUGUUGGGGUGUUUCGUAGCAACACCAUACAAGCAGAGAGUACACUGUGUAUUACUGUGAAAUAUUGGCUCGGCACACGGCCUACAGAUUCUGAGAGACUUGGAGAACAUGCGUAUCUUACUCCUUGUUAAGCAGGAAUAUCAGUAAAAGAGUAAAAUAUUACCUCUCCUAAUCCAAUUUAGAAUAAUCAGUGUGAGGACUAGAGGGGGCAAUUUUCUUUUACUAUUCAUCAGCAAGCAACUCUGCUUAUUAACUGCCCAAAAGUAUGUUAAAGAGUAACAAAUCUGUGAUUUGAGUUUGGUAUGUUAGGUUUUUCUUUAAUUUGAGGUGUAUCUACAUAUACAACUAGAAGUGGAAAGAACAGUCUUUUUUUACCCUUAUGUUGCAAUCCUGUGCACACAUAAUUGGGAGCAAGCCCUGCUGAACUUAAUGGAAUUUAUUUCCAAAUAAACAUACAUUGGAUUGCAUUGCUAACUGCUUUCUCUGACUCAGAUUUGCUCCAGAUUUUCUUUCUUUCCCUCCUUGUGUCUAACAUUGUACUUUUCCAAAUGAUAAAUGAAUGGGAAUGGGGUAAUAUAAUGCAAAAGUGGUUUUAAAAUUUGGUAUUGGAAUGUAUUUUUUUCUUUUUACUGUUUACUGUUGCUAUAGUGCUGAACUGUUAAUUUAUAUGUUAUGAAUCAGCUGUGAUGCAAGUGGUCUGCUAAGUGAACAGAAUGACAUACAAGGAAGGUCAUGUAGAAUUUCAGUGAAUACUUGCAUCAGCAGAGUAUGCUUAUGAAUAGAAUAGACAUUAGACAAGAGAUUUCCAAAGAAAAAACCCUUUGGUUUAUUUGAAGAGCUGAAAAUUAUCAUGAGGGUUUAGAAUGAUAAAUACUGUAAUACUUUAUGCUAAUUAGUGACGCUGAUUUCUGGGAUAGCAUUGGAUCCAUUUUCAGAUGCUUUUAUAAAAUAUCCUUGUCUAAUCAAAUAUGAAUUUUGCAUUAUUAAAAUCAGAUAAAGUGUUGAAUUGAUCAUUAUUUUGUAUUGCAGAUUGCUUUGAAAUAUGAUCCACAGAUAGAGGAAGAUCUCCGCAACUGGAUUGAAGAAGUUACUGGCAUGAGCAUUGGAGCCAACUUUCAACUGGGUUUAAAGGAUGGCAUCAUACUGUGCGAGUAAGCCACAUCAUGUUUUAUUUCAGGCAGAGCUCUUUAGUUUCUAGGCCAGUAGCCAACUUUUUCAGAAAUAAGAUCCACAUUUAAUUUUAGGACACAGUGUGAUUUCCCCCCAUUAUUAUUUUACCAGAUAUACCCAAAGACGUACUAGGGUCCCUUGCACCCUUUGUAGAGAACUGUAUCAGCACCGCCCACCCCCAUCACUUUACUGCAGUAGCCACCAGCUGAGCCCUCCAUCUCAACUGGCAAGCAGGGAGGCAGGCAGGCAGGGUCUAGCUGGGUCCCUUGUGGAGAGGGGGCUUUGAGGGCUGCAUGCAAAAGUUGGGAGAAGUUAAAAGCACCUGUCAGUAGUGAGCAUGAAGACAGCAGUGGCAACACUAGUCAUUCUGUCACCCCUAACCCUCCCCCAUCUCAGUUUAUUCUGAGGCAAUUGCAAUCCAAAGAAUUUGCCUGUCAUGCCUCUCACCCCACACAAGUAACUCUUUCCUCAAGUCGGAGCAUUCAGGGGUGAUUUUGCACCCCAGGCAGGGUUCUGUUUCGCCAUUCCCUGGAUAUGUCCACUUCUUUCUCUCUCUUUUAGCAUUACAAUACACAAAAGAGGGCAGGGCUGCUAUCUUUUAACAGGUGUAUAGAACAGGUAAUGUUGGAAGAUGCAGCUGCCCUUGCAUAAAUAAAUAAAAGUUGCACCUACAAAAAUAUUUUCAACAUGACUUUUAAAAAUAAAAGAACAAUGUUGUCCAUUAUAUCUGGGAACUCUUUCUCUCUGCCUUUUCUCUUCCUCUUAAAAAACAAAACACAAACAAUAAAUAGCACUGGUAUCACUAGUGUGUCUUCUAAGCAACACUGAAAAGGGAAUAGGAUAAUACACCAGAACCUUCCCUGCCAAAGAGCAAUUAAAAUCAGCAUAAGAGCCUGUUGGAUCAGGCCAACUGUCCAUUUAGUGGAGAAUUCUGUUCUUAUGGUGGCCAACCAGAUGUCUGUGGAAACCUGCAAGUAGGAUCCAAGCAGAAUAACACUCCCAUCCUGUCGUUUCCAGUAAAAUUACUAAGUGUUGCUAGGAUUGCCAUAUUUCAAAAAGUAAAAUUCAUGACACCUACAAACUUGUUGGAUCUUUUUAUGGAAACCAAAGUUGUUGAGCCUAUCUAAUCGUGUUUCUAAGGGCCUGUUCACAUGUUAAGAAAGAGAUCUGCCCUUGAUACAAAAAGCAGCACAUGAAGCGAGAAACAACAUUCUUUGUCUUCCCUUACUUCAUUGUGCUCAGCUGCUUCAAGCAAUUUUCCACCAGCCUAGCUCAAACUCCAGAAGUGAGCCAAGGGAAAAGCUGCUUAAAGCAACAGAUUGCAAUGAGAUAGGGCAGAAAGGGUGAAUGGGUUUGCUCGCUCACCCUCCCCCCCCCCCAUGAAUCACUCAUUUCCAUUUAUGAGUGUAUUUAAAAUUUACAGGUGUUUAAAAUGUAACAAAUUCAUCGCAUAGGAUGGCAUGUUUUUCCUGACAUUCUCAUUUUCUUCCUCCCCGCCCCCCAAGGAGGACAUUCAGAUAUGUGGCUCAAAUCCCUUCUAAAGUGGCUUUACCAGCAUGCCUAUUAUGCAAACUGCCUUACAAAUAAGCUGUAUGUGCAAAUAAAAUACGCAGUCAUACUUUGGAUCCCAAAUGCCCUGGAACUCGGACGUUUUGGCUGCCAAACCCAGAAGUGAAUGUUCCUGUAUAUGAAUGCUCUUUUGGAAGCCCAAUGUCUGACGAGGCUUCCGCGGCUUCUGAUUGGCUGCAGGAGCUUCCUGCAGCCAGUCAGAAACCGCAAUUUGGUUUUCGAACGUUUUGGAAGUCGCACAGACUUCCAGAAUGGAUUCCCUUCAACUUCCAAGGUACAGCUAUAUAUUGGUUUUUAUCUGUGCAUUAGUAGUCCUGUAAUAUGGAGAUUCAAAUUGGUGGUGGCUAUGCGAAAAGAAAGAAGUUUAUUCACUUGAUUGUUUUUUACAGGCUUAUCAACAAACUUCACCCGGGAUCAGUAAAGAAAAUCAAUCAAUCCAAACUAAACUGGCAUCAGGUAAACAAACCAAUUUAAAUACUGUAUUCAAAUAAUAUAGUGUCUCUCUCCGAAGGAGAGAGGAAAUGCAUGAAUGAAAGCUUAAUGACAGUUAUUGUCACAGUGAGGCCUUCAACACCUUCACCUUUACAGAUUUAUUUUUGAGGAAACAGCAAUUGUUCACCUUGCAAGCAUUAAUGAUUAAACUGUAUAAGCUUCUCUUUUUACUAUUAGAAUACCAUUGAAAGUACCAAACCUGGUAAUUUAUAUUAUGGGAAUAGAAUAUUAAGAAACUAGACAAUUAUUGUAGAAACUGGAGAAGUGGUGGGUUUGAUUACAACUUCGUUAGGCUUGGUGAAAUCUUUUUCUCUUCGCAAAUGCCCUUCUAUUCUGCCCCCCCCCUCGUUACAGCUAUACACACUUUUAAAUUAUUAAUUGCCCAAGGAAUCUGGUCCAUUGUAUUUGCUUUCCAAAUAAAUGACCCAUAGAACUACAGGAACAAAUGUAAUUACCCAUAUUGCACAAAUCAGGAAAGAAUAAAUGGGCAAUACAAAAUGAAAUUGAAAAUAGAUACUGAGACAGGAAAGGUCAUAGUAGAACACUUGCCUUCUUGAGAAAUUUUGUCUCUCACUGAAAACUGGAUUUGAACAACUGCUGGCAUACAGUAGGAAAACUAGAAUAAAACUAGACCUGCCAGUUUGGCAGAUCUGAACAAAGUAAAACAAAAUUAAGGAGUUAAGAAUGUGUGUGCUAACCAUCAGAUCUUUAUCGGCCUAUAUUCUUUGCUGAUUUCAUUUAUAGCUCAAAGGCAGAAAACUUCUUCAAGUGCUUAAAACAAUCUUGAACCUUUGAGUCCAUCUCCGCAUUGUGUGCAUAAUGGCACUUGGUACCUGGGCACCUUAGGAACCGCCUCCUUCCAUGUUUCUCUCUGCACACUCCUUAUCGUCAUCUGGGCUGUGCUCCAAAUCCUUCAGCCUCAGGAAGCAGGGCUGGUGUCUGUCACCUAGGGACAGGGUAUUUUAUGUUGUGGCACCUACUAUAUUGAAUGCCUUGCUGAAUGUUGAAUGUAAGGCCCUAUCACUAUACUGCUUCUGGUAGCUGUUGAAGCUCUGACUCUUUAAAUAAACUUUUGGUUAAUUUUGUAAUUUAUGCUGGCCGAGUUCCAUUUCACUUUUGUGCUGCUGAAAUUUGUUAAAACAGACUGGGUAUUAUUAAUGUUUGAAUGUGCAAUGGCAUUUUUAAAAGAGAUUGUUUUAUUCAGUUGUUAUUAUUGUUUAAGCCAUCUUGAGUCUCCUUUGAGAAACAGGGGGAAUAGAAUUAAAACAAAAAACAAAAACAUGCAAGCAUGAGUAAGAAAAUCCUGACAGCCACUUUAAAAAGAGAAGUAGGAAUGAAAGGGGGAAUUUUAGAGUGGAGAACAGGUCAGGUAAAGGUUUAAGCAACCCCAGUGCGCGCCCCCACCCCAAAUUGCUUGAAACCAAUUAUAAAGUGGCUUUCUUUAUUUUAAAAAAUCUUCCAAGUUUAUUACAUACUUUCCCAUACAGUAUUUAGUUCUGCCUUAUGCAAUUAUAUCAUCAAGCACUAAGACCAUCAUGCAUUUAUUUAAUUUCAGCUGGAGAACAUUGGGAAUUUUAUAAAGGCCAUACAACAAUAUGGCAUGAAACCACAUGAUAUAUUUGAAGCAAAUGAUCUCUUUGAAAACGGAAAUAUGACCCAGGUUCAGACAUCACUGGUGGCACUAGCAGGUCUGGUAUGUACAUAAUGACAUAUGCAGUCCAGUGCAUUACAUUGAUCUAUGUGAGUUCCAUGCAUUUUCAUAGGUUAACUGUAAUUAACCAUUUUAUAGCACGGUACCUUGUCAUAAAGCAUAGAAAGUGUUUUAGGAUUCUUACAACAUUUACUAUCUAAAAGGAUCAAUACUUCAACUAUGGGAUGUAUGUAAUAGGUAUGCCAUGAAAUUCCAUGGAUUGAGGCUUUACUUGUCUAGCAGCUACAUUGUAUUACUCUUGGUAAAACCAAAUAUGAAGCUUGGCCUGCAGAAGUUGUGGGAUGUUAUCCAUGCCUUCACCUCUGUUGCCAAGUAGCUCUUGAAACUGUACAAUCAAUGAUCCAUUAAUUCAUGGGUAGGCAAACUUAAGGCCCGGGGGCUGGAUCCGGCUCAGUUGCCUUCUAAAUCCAGCCCAUGGAUGGUCCGGGAAUCAGCGUGUUUUUACAUGAGUAGAAUGUGUCCUUUUAUUUAAAAUGCAUCUCUGGGUUAUUUGUGGGGAACAGGAAUUUGUUCAUAUUUUUUUUCAAAAUAUAGUCUGGCUCACCACAAGGCUUGAGGGACAGUGAACUGGCCCCCUGCUGAAAAAGUUUACUGACCCCUGCAUUAAUUGGUUUAAAAUUGAACGCAGAAUUAUUAAAUCAAGGACAACCAAAAGCAAGUGAUAUGAAAGGUAUUUCUGUAUAAAAUGUAUAUUAGAAAUGCUGUUAUUCUAUUCUCCUCCUAGGCAAAAACCAAAGGCUUUCAUACUACAAUCGAUAUUGGUGUCAAAUAUGCAGAAAAGCAAGCAAGAAGUUUUGAUGCAGGAAAACUGAAGGCUGGACAAAGUGUGAUUGGUUUGCAGGUAAGCAGAAAAAUUGAAAGUUCACUAAGGCUGCAAUCCUGUACAAACAUACCUGGGAGCAAGCCACACUGAACUCAGUGGGGCUGCUUUCUGAAUCCAUGGGAUUGUGCUGUAAAUCAGUAUACACAGGAAAACCUUUUAAGGUGUAAUGGACAAUUAUUUAUGCUUAGUAAACAGCAGGAGUGGCUUUGAGCCACAGCAAUAGCCUGCUGGAAGAGGCACUUGCUGCUGCUUACUUGGAGGAGCAAAGCCCUGGCAGAGCCAAUCUGGCAUUUCCUCUGGUGCAUCUGCAUAGCUCCAACCUCGCCAUCACUUUGUCCCUCCAGGUAAGCAGCAACAACAUGAGGAAGCAUACAUGAGGAAGAAUAAGGUAGGUCACAGUAGAAUUGCUCUAUUUUGGUCCAUCAUAGAUCUGGUUUACCUGUUAACAUGAAAAGCGUGAUUAACACUGCCUCUGUUAUUCCUGUGCUACUCAGUAACGUGUGAAUCUUCUGUUCAUGUAAUCAGGUGGAUUGGCACUGUAAUUACACAGCAGAAGUUACACAUGUUACUGGUAUGGUGUAGGCAUUCUACCACACCACUCAAUGUAAUUUGUAGAGCAGAAGACAGCCGUGAAGAUUUCAGGUUGGCUCUCUGUAACUAAUCUUUGAAUAACCCUCUCUGCUGUUACACAUCAUCUUAGUACUUUUUGUAUUAGAUAUUUCUUUUUAGUUGAAAUCUUAAGAACAUAAGAUGAGGGUAACAAAGUUUUAUAUAAUGCAACAUUCUGCUUCCCACAGAGACCAAAUGGAUACACCUCCAAGGAGCCCAAACCAAGGCAUAAAGGCACCCAUUCUGUUGUUCCUUUGAAGUUAAUAUAGUUGAGUUGACUUUGACACAUAGAUUAACACUACUCUAAUAAACCCUUUGUUUUCCUUUCCUCAGAGAUCUUGGAUUACAACAUGCCUAACAAACAUUUCCCAAGGUUGUUGGUGUCAAUGUGUACCAUGACUGCUCUCCCAUACUAUUUAGACAACAUGUGAUGUCUGCAACCUUCAGAAAAGUUGGGGAAGUCACUAAGUAACAUGUCCCCUCUUAAAGGAUCAUUUCCAACGCCCUGCCCUAAGAACUUCAUUCUGCAGAAGAGCUGUUAGCUCUAGGAGCAGGACGCUCCUACUGUGUAUUUGAAGGUCUCCUCUCUGUUUCUCUCACCUUCUAAGGUCUGCUAUCUGAAGGAAACGGACAUUCCCUGGGAACCAGGAACUCCCUGCACUGAGCACACCACCACAACUUAUAUAUGUUACAUUCUUCAAUACACUGGCCUAGUAUAGUACAUUUACUUAUGGUAGUUCUCAAUCAGAACUCCUUUCUUCAAGUGAUCCUCAUUCUCUUUAUAGAUGGGAACCAAUAAAUGUGCCAGCCAGGCAGGCAUGACUGCCUAUGGGACUAGGAGACAUCUCUAUGAUCCAAAGAUGCAAACUGAUAAACCAUUUGACCAGACAACAAUAAGCCUGCAGAUGGGUACUAACAAAGGGGCUAGUCAGGUAAGCAAAAGUUACUUUCAUAUUUAAGAUAUUUGUUUCUGCAGUCCUAAACUUUAUCUUUCAUUGUUUGGUAUUUUAUUUAUUUUAAAAUAUUUCUAGACCAGCAUUUUGCACUAGCUGCAGCUUCCACACCAUUUUUGUGUGCAUUAGAAUAAUGUAAUCUGUAGCAUUGGGCGGGGGGGGGGGGAGAAUAACCUUUUUUGAUCCGUGGGCCAGAUUCUUACCAGGAUCUUCCUAAAGGGCCAAUUAUGAUUGGUGGGUAUAACUUUGAAAGUUGAGACUUCAGAGCAUCUAUGGCAGCAAGGUGCUGCUAAAAGGAAGCUUUUCUUCACUGUGGCAGCUGGUCCAAUGUAAUCCUCUUUGAAGCUUGGCAGGUUCAGGUACAUGAGUUUCUUCUAGUGAGCUCUCUCACACCUAGAUCAAACUGGAUGGACCCCACAUAUCAGCUGAUGUACAAGGUCAGCCCUGUUUAGCGCUGGGUUCCAGUGCAUGAGAGUUCCCUGAAACCAGCUCUCUUACACAGAGGUAAAUCCUGGUUGGUCAAGAUGUGCAUCAGCUAAUGGGUGGGAGCACAGUCUGCUUUACACAUAGCACAGAAGCUGUGCAAGGGGGCUUUGCAGUUGCUGACAAACACAAUUCAAUGAGUACUUCCUAACUACAAACUUGCUCCUUCAAGGGGAGUGCAACCCUAUUCAGAAAAGGCAAUAUGACCCAGUUUCUGAACUUGAGACCUGCUAACCCACAAUAGAUAUCAACAUACUGGUGACAUUGUGCUUCAAAUUCCUAAUGAUUGCUCCUAACAGCUUCAUAUAGAUGUUAAAUAGCUUUGGGGUAAGAUGUAGCCUGCAGCUCAGAAUAAUCAAAGAGGCUGUGAAAUUCCUUACCCAGUUUAUAAUCACUUAGGAUACUCUUCAUCCUUGCAAUACACAUACAAAAUUGUGAAGAUGCUCAGCAUGCACCCAUAGCUUCUUCCUCGUAGUAUAAUGUGCUUUAUUCUGAUUUCUGUGAUGGGAUGAGAAGUCUGUUGCUUGCUGAAUCUCACUUAGGAGACUUCCAUGCUGAGUAGCUAGUAUCUAGAAAAUGUUAUGCACAUGUGCAUUCCUGCCAUCACUCAUUAUUAUUUUAAAAGUCACAAUGCUGUUCAAACUGCUUUAAACCCUUUGUUUUUAGGCAGGGAUGCUUGCACCAGGUACAAGACGAGACAUUUAUGACCAGAAGCUCACAUUACAACCCAUGGACAACACCACUAUUUCACUACAAAUGGGCACCAACAAAGUGGCUUCCCAGAAAGGGAUGAGCGUUUAUGGGCUUGGACGGCAAGUAUAUGAUCCAAAGUAUUGUGCUGCACCAACAGAACCUGUCAUUCAUAAUGGAAGUCAAGGAACAGGAACUAAUGGGUCAGAAAUCAGCGAUAGCGAUUAUCAGGCAGAAUAUCCAGAUGACUAUCACGGCGAAUACCAAGAUGAAUAUCAGAGAGAUUACCACGGUCAGUACAGUGACCAGGGCAUUGAUUAUUAGAUUUGCCUCAAAAGCUCAGUAUUAGUUUAUUAUUUUAUUCAGUAAAGAACGAAACUAGCCUUGUGGAAUUGUUACCCGUCUUCUUUACACAUUAUGCUUCAUGUACCUAAGGAAAUAAUUGCCUUACAUAACAUUCCUUUUUCCUUUCUCUGCCCUUUCCUUCUCUAGUUGCCUUUAGUGCUGUAACAGUUGCAGUCUACAGCAUAACAAUAACUGCAUAUGAAGUAAAAAGGAAUACUGUGAAAGGGGGAGUUCUCUUAUACAGCCAAGUCUUUUAAUAAUAAAAACUAUGCAUUUUUUUACAACCUUGUUCUGAAAUGAGCAUUUUACAUACUAUAUCAGCCCUUUCCUUUUUUAAAAAUGUUUUUAUUUACAGUUCCAUUAUGUGGAAAACUGUAAGACUUAAUUGUGGACCAUGCCACAAAAACUGAGGUUGUGGCUUAUUACCUGCAAGAUUUCUGUCUGUUCAUAAGUACUUGCUUGCUAAUCUCUAAACUCACAGUAGACAUAAUAAAUGUGCAUUUGUGAUUGUGUGUGUUCCAUUCCAAUAUCUAAAUUGACCAAGCUUAUAGAAAAAGAGCUGACUUGCUUAAAAAGGGAGCUUGUAUAAAUUCUGAGCCCACAGAAGUCUCCAUGUUUUGAUGGUGCGUUGACUUUUAUUUCCUGUGCCAUAAUGUAUCCAUGUAGAAUUGCCUUUUCUUUGAAUUGUAUUUAUUGCCACAUUUCUCAUCAUAAACCGAUCUUGUUGUAUUUUUUAUAAAUAAAUGUUGUUUUCUUGGAGGCAUGUGAUAACUUGUGUUAUUAAAUACAAAAUUCAAAUUACAGAAAACAUUUACAACUGUCCCUUUGUUUAUAACUUAUCC